UUAUGGCGUGAACUAAUUCUCGCCUGCCUAUCAGAGGUAGGAUUACAGACUUAAAUCGCUCGGUGGAAAGUUGUGAUACACAUUGCAGUGGAGGCAAAAGGUAGUGAUCCAAAUGAGGGUUAUUUUACAUCAAUAUUUGCCGUUUUGGGAUAGUAACUGAGGCCGAAACUGUCUUUGUUCGACGGAAGGUUGUGCUUAUAUAGCAUGUUGCAGUGAAAAUGAUAUGUGAGGACUGUUUGUCAUUGUGGUGAAGUCAAAAUGGGUAUUUGCGUGUUCGGUAUCGACAAUUGUUUUCGCUGUUCUUGGAAUUUGUGCGGUUUCUGGAAUUAUUAUCGUACCGGUAACUAAUUAGCAAAAGAUGUUCGGCUAUACUGCAUACUGCUGAUAACUCUGUUUAUAGCUGAGAAAGGAUUUCUGCUGGUGAAGGAGACCAAGAGAAGGGAAACUGACAUAAAACGACCGAAGAUAUCUUGCAGAAAGUAGGCUUGGAACGACUGGCUGUGAGGUCCAAUCUUCCAAAUUCAUACCCCCCCCCCCAAAAAAAACAAUGACAAUUGCAGGGAAAAUGGCGACUUUCAAAAUAAUAGUCUGUCUUCAUCUUGUCACCUCUCUGCGAGUACAUGCCAUGGACAUGGAGAAGUCGAAGAAUGGUGAUUCGCCUUUAGAUUCGGGGUACUACAGACACCGGCCUUCUUUUAUGCGGCAUGGCGCACACACUGGACGAAGGCAGAAAAACCAGACCGAAACUCUCGGGGAUCGUGCUGAGUUUGAAGAUCCAGGCAGCAAGCAGAUGAAAUCUGCAGAAAAGGGAGUAAUUGUACCUUUGAUUUUGAAGAACAAUAGUUGGUCCGAGGUGGCUUUGCCGCCACCAACGCUUUCGAAGGACAGUGGUGCGCCAAAGAGCAUGACUUCAGGUAAAACUUCAUCAACUGACUCGGAUCUCGAACCUUUUGAUCCGCUCGAUGACAGUCCUCGCAGAAGACUUAGUUUGGAUGUUACAAACGCCCCAGCCGUUACACAUGGACCAUCACUCGGUCGCCAACAGACGAGGGGGCGAGCGAGGACAUUCUCAGCAACUCCAACGCAGCCGCCAAGGAGUUAUUCUCCCCUUCCAUCAGAACAUUUGCCACGGGUUGGGGCAAUACGGGAGUGGGAUCCUUUGUGGGAAAAGGACCGAUUGUCGAGUUCAACUUUGAGACCAAGGUCACCAGGGAGAGGCAGUGAAUUCGGACAGAAAUCUGGAGACGGAACGGCUCCUUUUGAGGAACCGCAGAAUCCUGUGAAAAAACCCAAACAGAAAUUUCCUUCGCAUAAAGGAGGAAAGACAGUGAAUGACACGGUUACUGAUAGCCAUUCGCCACCACAAAAGGAACGCACGUCGAACGUCCCUCAAAAGACGACGAAGACGCCAAAAACGGCACUCCGUCCUGAUGAGGGUAGGGCGAAUAAACCUGUCGAAGUGAUAGCACAACCGGUGUUCCCGAAGCCAACGAAAUCACCCAAGAAGCACACCGAAAAACCUGUAAUGAAGACCAAGCCGACGGAUGCGCCGAGGAGAAGUACGACACCGCUGCUCCAAGGUACAACCAGGAUGUUAGAAGAUCCAGUCAUCAGCAAAGGGGAAUCGAAGCCGCAGGAGAUAGGACCAGAGGAGAAGAGUGAAAAAGAGGUGGUUGUACCUCACGGCGGCGGGGGGAAGGACAAAAAUCAUGUCGGGCCAGACGACGGACACCAUAAAGACACUAAGCCAAUUAUUGUCAUCUCACCUACAGAGAAGGAACCAAAGUGGACAAAGUACCCUCCACUUACUCCAUUGGUAGCAAAGGUCACAACGACUUCUCGCCCCUUCACACCGGAAUUCUACGUCACCGUGAAACUCACUAUGUCCUGGCGAGAAUUUUGUCUACGGAGAGCAGAGUUUAAAGGCCUUGUGGUCACUCUCUUUGAGGAGAGCUCGAAGGCGUUUGUUAUAUCUGUCGACCAAGUCGUAGUAAUGUAUGAAGACGAACAUUGUGGUCUGCGGCAGCGUUACGUUAGACGGAUUGAGAUCGUGGUGGACCUCUUCAUCAGAGACAAACCCGGGGAGUACAGCAAAACGCUGACUGAAAUGUGCUUCAAGGCUUUCAAGGAUGGGAUGGAGAUAUUGAGGAAGAGUUUUGAUUAUAAGAUACUUGAGUUCAACUUAUCAGGAUCGAAGGAAUCGCCUUACUCAACGACUAGGAGAUCAGGGCCAGCAUUGGGCACCGGCAUCAUCGUUGCCAUAGUGAUCGCCGCCAUCGCUGGGUUCUGCCUGCUGGUGCUUCUAUUGCUCCAGUUAAUCUACCGGCGGAGAAGCAAGGGCAAGACGAUGCGACCUUACGUUGGGGAGGCUUACUUGGGUCACACCGCCAACAACUCCCUCGAUUCCAUCGCCAUGACAGCCAGGCACCUGGCAUCGCCGAACAGAUACUCCGCAGCAGGUUUCAUGAACCCAGGGCUUGAGUUAAACGCCAACAUGGACAAACAAUAUCCCAUCUAUCAUCCGUCAAAUGUUGUGGUCUUCCCGGGAUUACCAUCAUUCAACUUGGAUAUGGAAGCAAUUGAAGCCGAGUUCGGGCAACUCCCCAACAACAUGCCGCGGUUGUCAGAGGUGCCGGCUGGAGCGGAGCAUAAAAAUCGUUACGCUAAUGUAAUUCCAAUACCGGAGACAAGGGUUCACCUGAGGCAGAAGGGUGAGGAUAAGGCAACCGAGUAUAUUAAUGCAAAUUACGUGAAGGGGCACAGGGACAGGCCCAAGGCCUACAUCGCCACGCAGGCUCCGGUGCGAAACACGAUUGAGGACUUCUGGGGAAUGGUUUGGGAACAGCAGACCAAAGUUAUUGUGAUGGCAACAGGUUUGGACGAAAGCGGGAUGAGCAAAUGUGAGGAAUACUUCCCGAGAUCGGAUGGCGUUGAUAACACGCUGAUGUUCGGUGACUUCAUGGUCGUGCUCAAACUUCAGGACGUCAGACAAGACUACAUCCUUUCUGGCUUGACCUUGAAGGAUGUGGAGAGGAACCUUUGUCGUGAAGUGGUUCACUUCUGGUACACAGGCUGGCCAUGCCAAGGUGUUCCUGAAUCAGCCCUCUCCAUCAUUCACUUCUUACUACAUGUCCAGGCCUAUCAGAGGAAGGCGAAGGCACCAGAAAUAAUACACUGCAGUCCUGGGACAGGUCGUACAGGUACCCUCAUGGCCAUAGACAUAAGUAUGAAAGCAUUUGAGGACAAAGGAGCAGCUGAUGUUUUGAACACAGUCUACAAACUGAGGCAGGACAGAGCAGGGGCUGUUCAGACCAAGGAACAAUAUGCAUUUAUCUACAAGGCCAUCAAUGAAUAUGCACUGAUGUUGUCUGAGCCCACCCUGUGCCCCGAGGAAAACGGUCUUCCAUCACGGUCAUCUCGAGUUGGCACAUCCCAUGAUGACAUGAUGAAGAAGUACUGAAAGACUCCGUACAUUUCAACACUCAGACAAUGGAAUCGUACUGAGGCUUAGGAAGGAUUGAGACACAUCCUUGGGACCCCUGCAAUAUCUUUGAUAAAACUUGAACAUUUUCUUUUAAAAGCCUACUUAAAUCUUGAAUUUGACAAUUUUUGGAGAAUUGAGAGAAAUUAAACAAACCUGGACCAUGUCAGAAUUUUAGUGCAUGCAUGGUAGAAACAUAUAAUUAUACCGGUACUAAUGUGCAUAUCAAUAUUAUUAUAGGAAAUCUUUGGAUAAAUAAACAGAACAAUGUAAAUAGGCAAUCUUAUGUAUCAUGGUAGCAAUUAUGUCCUCACAUGUGCACAUAUCUGGUGAUAGAAGAAUCCUAUUUUUGUGAAGGAUAUUUUCAUGAAGAUGCAAUAAAUGCAAUAUAUUUUACACAA